GGUGGCGAUCGCUGUGAUUGGUGCUCAGACUGGUUUAAACCUGCAGCUGCCUCACUUCGCUCAGGCUGUUCCUCGUUGGCUUCCAUUCCUAUUGGGAAUGAUCGCCAGUUUUCCUGCUAACAUGAAGAUUGCUUUACUGUUGUUAAGUGUUUGGGUCCCAUUCACCUUCUGCGCCCUUAUAAACUUCAAGCCGGAAAUCCCCUCGACUACUUUAAUCCGGGGUCUCCGAACUGCUACCACCGUGACCCUAGCCAAGCCCAUCUGUAUCUUCGCCAGUGGCGAUGUGGUCGAUGUCUUUGGCGUGCAAGCGACCGCGAGUUCAAUCCCAAAUGAAAUUGGCAAUGGCAGCGUAAACUCUUACCGACAAACCAGAGGGGGUGAAAUUGGACCAUAUCGUGCUGGAAGCUUUCAGAUCCCAAUGUGUACAUCAUCACAGUUCAUGGCAAGCACAGAUCCUGUGGUGAUCCAAGCAGAAAUCAAUCAAUAUCUCUUCAGAGUUGGGAAUGAUGUUCAGUGUCUGAACCAAGUUGACACUGUUCCGGGAAACUGUAAUGCACCACUUAAUGGAAAAGUACCUUACAGGUUUAAGUAUGCUGUACGUAACUCUUCCACAAAUACAGUUAUAAAUGAAACACUCUGGUCAGAUUCCAUCACUCUUCUACAAGUUUCUCAGCCCACAGUUAUUGAUACCUGGCCAGGCAAGAGGACAGGAGGAAUGGUGGUGAUCACAACUAUUCUUGUCAUUCUUCUCUUUCUUAUCCUGUGCGCCUUUAUCACUUUGCUGAUGUAUGUGAUUUGUAUGAAAGAAGAGUGUCCUGCAAUGGAACAGCAACCAGCUCCAAGGAGCUACAUCACGCAUCAGAAAAAUGAAGGCUAUGCUGAAGUUCUCCCUACAGGAGGACUCAAACCUGCUGCCCAAAAAUCUCCUGAGCAAUCACAUUAUCAAGUUGUUGAAACAUCAUCUCAAGCACCUGUGUAAGGUCAUGGGAAAAGUCCAAGAUGGUCACCAUUUUGGACCGAAGACAUUAAUCUGCAGAUGGGCAGUGAGAAACACUGAUAUACAACAUGGUUUCCUUUGUAUUUCUCCAGGGUAAACUGCAUAUCUGGAAUUCCAACCUGUUUUUUACAAAUCCUGUGUAAUGCAUGGUGACUGUAUGUCGGGGGUGGGGGGAAAGGGUUGAAUUCUAACUGAUUUGGUUAACUUUUUAUUGUGCAUAUUUGAAAUAAAGUACUUGUUGCUUGGG